AUGGGCGACAAACCAAAACCCAUCGACGAGAAAAUCAACCCCCUAUCCGCAAAAGACCAAUGGCGUCCCAUCAACAACAUCCGCUCCCUCCUCUUCAUCGUCGUCCGCGACAUCCUCGACGAGCAGCUCAUGAAGUCAUCCCUCGACAAGCUCAUCCGAGAACACAUCCCCCUCCUCGGCGCACGAAUCAAGACCAGAGCAGACGGCUGGCUCGAAUACCACCUCACCACCCCCUUUCCCCCCAACCACAAACUCUUCGGCUGGUCAACAACCACCAUCUCCCAAACCCUCGAACAAACAAACCUCGUCCUUGACCACGAUCCCCGACGAGGAAUCACCAUUCUGCCAGGUGUGACAAACCUAGAACCGCGCUGGAUACCCUCCCACUGGCCCGUCCUCCGCUGCCAGGACACACAAGACACUCCUCUCCUGCUCGUCCACCUGACAUACUACAAGAAUGCCACCAUAGUAGCCACCAACCUGCCGCACUGCGUAAGCGACCAAAUGGGCUACGGCAGCGUCCUCAACGCCUGGAUAGACAUCAUGAAAGGCAGACAGCCCCUGCCCUUCAUCGACAUUCCUCCCGACGCACUCGACGGCGACAGGGAUAUUCCCACCAAGGAGCUUUUCAAAAAGUACGAGUACCGGCUGCGGACGAAGAGGGAGCGGGCGGAGGUGCUGAUGGGGAUUGUGCCGGAGCUGAUUGUGAGGUCCAAGGAGACGAGGUGUAUCCUCUUCCUGCCGGUGGGAGUGGUGAGUGGACUCAGGGAUCGAUGGAGGAGGGAGUUGAAGGGAAAGUAUGGGGGUGAGGCGGCGGAUAUCACGAAUGGGGAUGUGAUUGUUGCGAUUAUAGCAAAGUUUGCCAAUAUGCACCGAAAGAGGACCAAGAAGCAAGUCAUUAGCGGUCCAGCAAACCUCCGAGGCCACCAUCCCCUCCUCCCCAGAAACACCCGCUACCUCCACAAUGCCCUCAUCUUCGCCGUCGCCCACGCCUCCAUCAGCCGCUCCCACCCGCCCACGUCCGACCUCGCCUACGCCUUCCGCCUCGCCGUCAACGACGCCCUCACGCCCGAGAAGAUGGAGCGCGGCCUCGCCGUAUCGCGGGAGCUGCGGAAGCGAAACAUUGCGAUGCACAUCUGCGAGCCGUGGGAGUUUAGCUACGGGACGACGAAUUGGUGUAAUGCGUGGCAUGGAAUUGACUUUUCGGUGGCGAGCGUGAAGAACAAGAUCAGGGGUGAGGGGGAGGAGGAGACUGGUGAGAAGAGGGAGAGUGAUGGGGGGAGCAGUAGGGAUGAUGCAAAGACGAUUGAUGGCGCUGCGUCUUCGGCGCCGCUUAUUUUUGGACAUUCGCUGGAGCGGAAUCAUCCCAAUCGACUGAGCUCCGCCAUCAUGUGCAAGGCCGAAGGCGGAUAUUGGGUCGAUUUCGCGGCGCCGAACAAGGGUAUGGCGGCGAUACGGGCGCUUCUGGCGCGGGAUCCCAACCUGGAGACGUUAUGA